AUGUCUGCCGCGGGGGGCAUAUGGGCACCAGCAGCCCUACGCCUCCUCCGCAUGGGCAUCACCAAAACCACCAAGGUAAUACGAACCAAGCUCGCCAACGCCACCCGUCCUGCCGCCCAGGCCGAGUUCGCACACAUCCCAAUCCGCACUACAGGUCGCCAGCCCAUUCAUCCCUCAGCUCUUCUUAGACAGAAACGAGCGGGACGCUGGUACUCGACUCAAAGCGUUCACAACACCGUCCGCCGGUGGAUCUCCACCAGCGGCCCCAGAACCUCCGGUAACGUCGGCGGCAACGCACCCUUCAGCCGGGCAUCCUUUCCAAGCUCUAAUACGGCCCGCCGCGUCAGUCAAUCUACCGGCCGCGCCCCUUUCGCGAGCACCCUCCGACCAAACCUCACGGGGGGCGCCAUCACACGCACCCAGGGCGGCUACACUAUCGGUGGUGGCGGUGGCGCCCGCUACUUCUCCCAUACGCCCGCCGCGCCGGCACAGGUGGUUAACAAUGUCUCGAUAGCGAUGCGAGCCUUUUGCCUCUCGGGCCAGAAGGCUCGGUACGAUGGCCUUAACUCCCACGGUGACAGGUGCUACCGUGCCAUUUCGGAGCUCGAGCAUACCGCGUACGUCAAGAUGAUGGGCGCCAUCUCCACCCGCGGAGGCUCCGGCUCGUUUGUCGACUUCUCCAUCAGCCCCACCAUCACGGCCCUCAGUCCCUUGGGCGCCGCCGCCGCUGCGGGUUUUACCUCCGCCAACGCUGAAGCCCCCGUCACCACUCUCAACGAGGACGGUUUCCUCGACGUCCUGUCGAUUGACUUUGCGCGCGCGGUCAAGGACCUUGCCGUCAUAUUCGCCGAUCUCAAAAAACUGGCCGCUUUGGGCGAUUUACCCGUUGCCUUGGAGAAGGGAAGUGUGUUGCGAGUGCGAUUCCCCGGAGUCGAUGCCGAGACCGUUGAACGAUUGUGCGAUGAUGUCGGCGUCCAGCGUGGUAUUAUUGGCCAAGAUGCCGACUUCGAAUGCACAACUGGUGCGCCAUUGGCCCUUCGCUUCCCCUAUGCCCCCGACGAAGACAUUAAAACCAUCACCUCGCCCGGCGGCUCGGUUCGGUCCCUGUCCGGCAACGAUGUCGACUUGGAAGAGGCGUUCAUGGACGAGAUGGAUCAGCACUCUUGGAUGUCGGAUCUUGAGGGGUAUGAAAGUAUGAUGCCCACUCCAAAGAGUAGUGAGCAGUGUUCCGACGAGUAUGAAGGCUUGGAGGGCAUUUACAGAUUUCUCGAGGAGUGCGAUCGGAACAAGGGACGAUUUUAA